AAUGGGUGCGAAGCUCCACACCUUAUCCACUAGGAUUAAUUCUAAAGCAAAUUCAGGACAUACUCAGGAUGGACCAGCCAAUGGACAAGGAUUGUUUCAACAUGGCUGUGCGCAUAGUGGCAUGUGAUGAGAUACAAUUUUUUAUAGAGCCUCCCGUGCACAACAUGGACUUGAGAUUUUGUUCGGCGAUAUUCCAUGGUAGAAAACAUCCACUUUGGCGUGUUAAGCCAGAUAUUAAGGAGUUGGCAACAUUUUUUCAUAGCUGGCCUGGGAUAGACCAUAAUAUAUCAUCAUGCAACAUGAUUUUUUUACCACACGCAUUUCUUGGCCACUUCAUCUUGUUCACCAUCGACAAACAUGAGUGUCGUGUAUGUAUUUUAGACCCAUGUUCUGAAACUCUAUCAGAAGAGAGGUACCAACUAAAAUUACAAAGGUGUUCAUUCUAUCUAAAUGAUGCUCUUGAGAUAGCGCAACCUGGCUGGAAUUCCGAUAUUUAUUUCUGGCCACGUAAAUAUCCUCACAAUAUCCCAAUACCAACAAGCCCCGACGGAAAAUUGUCUGGAUACUUAGUAUUUAGUUUUAUGCUUUCAUGGGAUGGUAAAAGAUUUGUUCAUCCAGUUUGCAGCGAUGGUUACGAGCUAAGGAAAAAGUUUUUGAUACACAUACUCAAGUAUCUGGCUAAUGAAGUUGAAGACAACAUUCCUGAGAUCGUGCGAGAAUACCUUAGACGCGUCAACGGACCAUGGCUUUAAUAAAUAGUGUAUUCAGUCAUUUCUCUUCUACAAAAUGAAUUGUGCGAAGUGGAUCUUUAA